AUGCACCAGGAGCAUAACCUUCCCUGGAACACCAUCGCUUCCCAUCUAGAAUUCGUUUACGACAACCCACAUCGUACCCCACGCAAAACAGGCCUCUUUGCUAAAAGGGUGACCAGCGCUACACAAGAAAAAGACAUGAAUUAUUUUUCGAGAAACUUGACCUCUACAAUUUCAAGAUUCUCGCACACGGAGAGAGGAAAGUAUCCCAUGCGGGCAUAUACCACACUGCCCAUGUCGGGCGACCUAUUUCCAGACGAAAUGUGCGAGAGAUAUCCCGACUAUCUCAACAAGGAAAACCAAAAAAUUGAAAACUGGAUAGGGCUUGCGAUCCGAGACGAUCAAUCCAUCCCGCCGACGCUCUACUACAAUACCAGGCAUGCAAAUCUGGCCGAAGCCGUUAAAAUUUUGAUAUCCGACAACCAUCUUGCACCUCUCCUAAUGCUCGCCCAACAUCCCCUCAUUCCCCUUCAUUCGCUCCGCUAUCUCAGUUGGGGACAUCACUUCGGCUUUUCACGCGUCAUGGAAGCUGCUUUGCGCGCAUAUCUAUUUCUCAACGUUCACGCUGCGGUGGGAUCGUUGAACAAUGGGAAUUAUAUGCACUCACAAGAGUACCCGUCGAUGUUGUAUGAAUUGACAAGAGAUUUUGAUUAUCCGGCUCAACAGCUCCCGCAUCGCGAAUUUUUUGGUCAAGGCGGUGAGGUGGGGGUUCACUUACCCCUUGUUCAUGAAGACCACGCCGCCCUUCGCGGAUACAUCAAGAUGCUGUUCGAGAUUUUUACCGUUACGAUGUUGUUGUGCGGGGGUGUGGACUUGAUCCAGAGUGGGAAAGUUAUAUUGCGUUCAAUCUUCGGAGAUUGGCACCUGGAAUUCGCAUGA